GUGUGAACCUCUUCAAUUCGUCUUCCUUGAGCCAUGAGACAAAUCACAUUCCCCUGCAUCUUACGCCACCGAAUCUCUAUUCUUUCCGGCGCCGGCUAUUAUCCUACCGCCGCACGUCUCUCUUCUUUCGCCCAUACAUCCACCACCACCGAGUCACAGUUACCGCCAAUAACUUCUGAAGUUUUGCUCGAGUCGAUAAAAUCCUCUCAGUGGCAUUUCAUCGAACACGUUGCGGACAAACUCAUACCUUCCCUUGUAUCAACAACUCUUCUCAGCCUCGUCAAGACUCCUGAUUUAGCCUUCAAUUUCGUCAACCACAUCGAUCUUCGUUGCCUGGACUUUCAAACACAGUGUCUAGCCAUCGCUGUUGUCUCUAAGCUCUCUUCUCCCAAACCCGUUACUCAGUUGCUGAAAGAAGUCGUUAGUACUCGUAAGAACUCAGUAAGAGACCUUUUCGAUGAAUUGGUGCUUGCCCAUGACCGGUUAGAGACUAAAAGCACGAUCCUUUUCGACUUCAUGGUCAGAUGUUACUGUCAAUUGAGAAUGGUAGAUGAAGCCAUAGAGUGCUUUUACCUGAUGAAGGAAAAAGGGUAUUCUUUGAGAGGACGAAUCGAAGGUGCUCGUUUGAUUAUCAGUGAAAUGAAAUCUAAAGGCUUUCAACCAGAUUUGCAGACGUACAACCCGAUUCUGUCUUGGAUGUGUAAUGAAGGAAGAGCCUCUGAGGUGUUGAGGGAGAUGAAGGGGAGUGGGUUGGUUCCGGACUCUGUUUCGUACAAUAUUUUGAUCCGUGGUUGUAGUAACAAUGGGGAUUUGGAGACAGCUUUUGCUUACAGGGAUGAGAUGGUGAAACAAGGUAUGGAGCCGACGUUUUAUACUUACAACACGUUGAUUCAUGGUUUGUUUAUGGAGAAUAAGAUAGAAGCUGCUGAGAUAUUGAUUAGGGAGAUUAGAGAGAAGGGUAUAGUCUUGGAUUCUGUCACGUACAAUAUACUCAUAAAUGGUUAUUGCCAGCAUGGAGAUGCAAAGAAAGCAUUUGCUUUGCACGACGAAAUGAUGACCGAUGGAAUUCAGCCUACGCAGUUUACUUAUACGUCGCUUAUUUAUGUCCUAUGUAGAAGAAAUAAAACGAGGGAAGCGGAUGAGUUGUUUGAGAAAGUUGUGGGAAAGGGAAUGAAGCCUGAUCUUGUGAUGAUGAAUACCUUGAUGGAUGGUCACUGUGCUACAGGCAACAUGGACCGUGCAUUUUCGCUGCUUAAGGAGAUGGACAGAAUGAAUAUCGAUCCUGAUGAUGUGACAUACAAUUGCUUGAUGCGAGGGCUUUGUGGAGAAGGGAAAUUUGAGGAAGCUCGUGAGCUGAUGGGGGAGAUGAAGAGAAGAGGAAUCAAACCUGACCACAUUAGUUACAACACUCUAAUAAGUGGGUAUAGUAAGAAAGGGGAUACAAAGCAUGCUUUCAUGGUUCGGGAUGAGAUGUUGAGUCUCGGGUUUAAUCCUACUCUUCUCACGUAUAAUGCUCUGUUAAAGGGUUUGAGUAAAAACCAGGAGGGUGAACUCGCAGAGGAGCUACUAAGGGAGAUGAAAAGUGAAGGCAUUGUUCCUAAUGACAGCUCCUUCUGUUCUGUCAUUGAGGCAAUGUCAAAAUCUGAUAAUUGAUUGAUACCGGCAAUUGUUAGGUUUUUCAGAAACUUUAUUUUUUACAAUAUAGUUGUUCUGUUUCU